UUCCGUAAACAAAAGCAACGUUUUUAGGGAAGACGGGGACGCGACAAGACACUAAUACAUAAUAUACUGUAUAAUAUACUGCAUUGUGCAACAUUUUAACAUGCUCGUGAGUCAGAGGAACAGAUGUCGGGAGAUUACUGGACCAACGCCGCAUGCUGUCGCCCUGAGGGCAAGACCCCAGGCUUCAAAACCACAUGACCAGCUCAUCCUGUUGAGAAGGCAGCAAGAUGCUGAACGUGAAAAGGUGCUGGACUUUACGAGGUCCCGGAGGGAAUGCAGCCUAAGGGUUCAAUGGGAAAAGAACACCAAUCGUCGCAUCAUACUGGGAACCAUCGAGAGGCGUGUCCAGGAGGCCUUGAACCAGUACCAGACGAGCAUCAAGGAGCGAAGGGAGAGGCUGAGGGAGAUGCUGGAGGUGGAGGAAAAGACACUGCUGAUGGAGAUGGAGACAGAAAAGGAGACAGUGCUGGAGAGGCAGGCUAAGAUGCGCGAGCGAUCCAGAUUUCUACGGGAGAGGCGAGAAGGCGAGAGGGCAAGAUUGGUGGCUGACAAGCUAGAUCAACUCUUCAGGGAGCAGAGUGAGGAGUUGCGGACUGCUCAGAUGCAGGAGCGACAGGAUUUGGUCUGCACGGAGCGGGCAGCUCAGUUGCGAAGCCGCGAGGAAGCAAGGCAGCAGCAGCUGCAGGAGGAGCACCUCUUUGCUCAAUUCUGGGAGGCUGACUGGCAGGCCAAGAAGGAAUGGGAGGAACAGAAGGCACAGCAACAACAGAAUGUCAACCAGGAGCAACAGAACUUCCUGCGUGCCCAGAUGGAGGAAGCUGAACAGAAGAGGCUCCAGGCCAAGCAGCUGAAAGAGGAAGAAGCGCAACUGCUGCGGCAGCAGCAGGAGAUGCUCCGUCUAGAAGAGGAACGAGAGCACCGCGGCAAACUGCUGGGCCAGGAACGCACGCGCAGACAGCUGAACCAUGGGUUGCGGCUAAAGAUGAAACGCCUGGCCAAGGAGCACCAGGAGGAACUGGCCUUGGAUCUGAGCAUCCUGGAGGAACUGCAGCAGAAGCACAGGGAUGAGAGUCACGACCAGGAGCAGAGGAAGCUGGAGCUGCAGCAGGAGCAGCGAAAAUACCGACAGUAUCUGGCUGAACGGCUGGAGGAGCAGAAGCGUCAGGAAGCGGAGAUAGAACUGCUGAUAGAGGAAGAGCUAGAACGCACCUGGGCUAAAAGAGCGGAGCAGAGCCGCCUGGAGCGGGAGGCCCGGGACCGACUCAUGAAAGAAGUGUUGGACAUCCGACGUCUACAGAUCCAGGAUAAGUUGGAUCAGAACAUCCAGAAACAAGCUGAGCUGGCACAGGAGGAAGAGGAACUGAACAAAAUUAUCCAGCAGCACAAAGAGCAGGAGGAGGAGGAGAAAAACAGCCUUAAACGGGCCCGUGAGCAGUACCGAGCGGACCUGCUCUUCCAGAUGCAGUACCAGCAGCGGAUACGGGAUAUGGAGCAAUCUGAGCUGGCGCACGAGUUCCAGCAGGCCUUAGUUUUCCAGGAGAAGUACAACAGCAGGCUGCAGGAGGCUCUGACCCGACCCAGCUCCCACCCUGCAGUGUUCCAUCCCUUCAGGAGGAUGAUGGGCCGCUCCACCAGCUCUGCAAAGUGUCUCAGUCUAGACUAAGAAUUUAAGGGUGCUCACUUACAAAGCAUGCACCAGCAUACACAUUUACACACAGAGUCAGUGUCAUGGCCUAAAAAUGACCUGCUUCAAAUAACCAAAGACAAAUUCAGAAUUGGUGGCUUCUGUGGUCGAGGAUUUUAAGCCAUGGGGUCCAUGACUUCAAGGGUGUCUGCGAAGUGCAGGCCUGCUCUGAAAACUUGACUAAAUAAAAGUUUAAACUAUUACCUUUCUGUUAUCCAUGACAAAAUUGUGUGAUGGUAAUAAAAG